UACGACUUCUAGAUAUAAUGAACACCGUUUGUUAUUACGAAGUGAUUGAAAUUUUGGAAUUUUGUUUAUUAAUUUGAAGUUUAGACUAUGAAUUGUGUAUAAAAUGGCAUCAGAAUUUGUCAGUCUUCUCAUACCUCGGACGUUGGACAACAGAUAUCUGUUGUUGAACUUCGGGGGUCAAGGUCUAUGGCUUCCAAGUUGUGACAGAACAGGGGAUGAGUCCCUCAAAGUUGUUGCAACUAAACUUGGUGAACAGGCAACAGGUCAGAAAAUUGUACUGAAGGGAGUAAUACGUACACAGUUUACAAGAUAUCUACAUCUUCCCACCAAGAUUCAUGUUAUAUUUCUGGCAGUGCCUAUUGCAUCUAUAGAAAAGUGUAGUAUAGAUGCUGUGUGGUUGUCAGAUACAGAGAUGGAGCAACAUAUGGAUGGCAGCAUAACACCGUACAUGCUUGGUCCAGAACCCAUCAAGUUUAUUAACCAGAUUAAGGAGGGUUCAGGUCCUGUACCACAGUCAACAUUAAGUGAGACAAGUCUAGAGUAUGUAGAUAUUGAAUCAGAUUCUUCCCAGAUAACACCACAAGAAUCACUACUGAAGUCAUCAAAACUAGGCAAAAAAGAGCAAGAGUUGCUGUUUCAAGAGUUUAUGGAGCAUGUACAUCCCAGUCAUUUUAUGAACAAAACUGUCUUCACAAAAUACAUGGAUCUUAAAGGAGGGAAGGUGGACAAUAUAGAUCAUCUCUUUAGGGCAUUUGAUGUACAUAAAAGAAAGUAUUUAUCAUGUAAGGAUGUGUUAUUGGGUCUAGCAGCUAUGGAACCAACAACACAACAUGGUGGUAUGCCAGCCGAGAUGAGAUGUAGAUACAUAUUUAGGUACUUUGACAGAAAUAUGGACGGCCAUCUACAAUUCGAUGAAUUCAAGAGGUUGGUGAGUGAUAUUCGACAAAGUAAAGGGUUGUCUUGUGAUGAUGAAGCUGUGGAGGAAGAUGCUAUAAAUAGUGCCAAAUUAUUUGGAACAGAAACCAAAGAUAAGCUACCAUUGGCUGAUUUCCUGAGUGCCGUAGGUCAGCUCAAGUUUCGAGGAACGUCUGUUUUGUUUCGGCUGCCACAUUCUUGUACACUCUCUUUAAAAAGUUUAGAAACAGAUGACAACGCUCCUGACAGUGACAUGGAACCACCUUAUAAGAGAUCCCGUCCAAAAAUAACUGACCCUAUUAAACCAAACAAAAAGUUUGGAAAUACAGGUCCAGGGCCAAAUAAUGAUGCAUUUAAGCAUCCGGAGGGUCGUCCGUUUACAGCAGCCCAUAAACAACACAGGUACGAGUUGGCAACACAUACUGUCAAGGUACGCAGAACUGGAGCAUUGCAGGAAGUGAUGGCAAUAUGGGACUUACAUGGCACUGGGGCUAUUACCAACACGUCAGUUACACAUUUAGAAGGUGAUAUAUCAAGAUUUCAACGGAUGUCGUCUAUAGAUUCUUUCAAUCAACGAUCUCAUCCUAAUGAAAUGUUAACUGGUCUUAAAUACUUUGAGAGGUCAAUAAAGGGAGAUAAUGGAUCUUUCACAAAGAAUGCAUUUGACUGGGGACAGGUAGACAAGAAUGCCCUUGCUAAAUGUUUGUUAACAUUGUGUAGACAGGUCAAGGACAUUCUCUCAGAUGAACCAAGAUUGCUCAAAUUAAAAGCUCCAAUGUAUAUCUUAGGAGAUAUUCAUGGGAACUAUAGAGAUUUGAUAUGUUUUGAGAAAGCUUUAUGGAGAUUAGGACCUUUAUUAACCCCAGCUUCCUUUUUGUUCCUUGGAGAUUAUGUUGACAGAGGUGACUUUGGAAUUGAGGUCAUUUCUAAUUUGUUCGCACAGAAGAUUUUAGCCCCUCACAAAUUUCACCUGUUGAGGGGUAACCAUGAGUUACGGAGUGUACAAGAAAUGUUCUCGUUCAAAACCGAGUGCCUGUCUAAGUUUGGUGACAGUAUAGGUAGCCAACUAUGGGAGGCAAUCAAUGACUGUUUUGAUGUAAUGCCAAUAGCAGCAACAGUAGAUGAUAAGAUAUUUUGUGUACAUGGGGGUAUACCAAUGCCGGAAUUAGACGGAGGAUUUAUAGAUGCCAUAAACAAAGUGCCAAACCCAUUGAAGAACCCUGAAGAUGAGAGUACUCUGGCAUGGGAUAUAAUGUGGAGUGAUCCAGUCAGUCUGGAUGUAUUAACUCCAGAGACAAUUCAGGAACUAAAAGAAAACAAAGGCUUCAUAGCAAACACUAGACGAGGGACUGCCCAUUUCUUCAGCUGUGAUGCUUUGUUUGGCUUCUUAGAUAGAAAUGGCCUGACACAUGUUAUUAGGGCUCAUGAGGUGCAGGAAGCUGGCUUCCAGGUACAACAACAGGGCAAGUUACUGACAGUAUUCUCCUCGUCACAUUACUGUGGGGGUAGCAACGAAGCCGCAUGUGUACUUGCCGAUAACUACAAACUACGUAUGAUCAGAAUAGAUACGACCUGAACAUGCCUCUAGUUUCCAUGGUUACCAGUAUAGUUAUCAUCUGCGAGAAGAAAUCAUGGCCAGCUGGGAGAAAUUAACAUUCAGCAUCUAGUUUCAUGUAUUUUUAAACAUUUACUUGAUAAAUGUACAUGAUAUUUUAUAUUUGAACAAAGCGUUGGGUGUGUGUUUUCUCAAUGACAUUUCAAGGAUCAUCUGUUACUGAUUGAGUUGGUUUUUGG